AUGGCUCCCAAAGGCAACAUUUCGACUCGGCUGAACCCGCUUCGCCUGAACACCAUCAACCACCUCCGCGUUCGCCGGCCCAACCAGAAUGAGCAGAACCCCUGCGUCACUGUCAUGUCGUCUAUGCUGAACUGCUGGGCUUCUCAAGGCUACAACGCCGAAGGCUGUGCUGCCCUCGAGGCACAAUUGCGCAAGUGCAUGGACGCACCGAAACCGCAAGAAAAGAAGAAGAACACCGUCAACUACCACCUGAUGAGAAUGUAUCCCAAGGUCGUGGGCCCCCGGAAGAAGGACGGUGUCCUGGGCUAA